AUGGCCGAUAAUGGAAUGACAAGAGGCGACCGCGCGUGCUACAACUGUGGUCAGCCAGGUCACCUUAGCCGUGAAUGCCCCACACGGCAGCCGGGUGGUGCUGGUGGCGAUCGCGCAUGCUACAAUUGCGGUCAGCCAGAUCACCUUAGCCGUGAAUGCCCCACACGACAGCCGGGUGGUGCUGGUGGCGAUCGCGCAUGCUACAACUGCGGUCAGCCAGGUCACCUUAGCCGUGACUGUCCUACUCGCUCAACGGGUGGCUUCCGUGGCGCAACGCGUGGUGCAUGCUAUCACUGCCAGCAGGAGGGUCAUCUUGCACGUGACUGUCCCAACGCACCAGGAGGUGGCGAUCGCGCAUGCUACAACU